GAUAUAAUUCAAUAUUCAAUGUUCUCUAUUCACUGUUUUUGUUUUCACACCUCGUUUUACAUAUUUGGAAUCUGAAAAUAAAAUUAAAAAAAAGGAAAAAAAAAGAAAAAAAAAAAGAAGAAAGAAAGUCAAUGAGAAUCAUAUUAGCCUAGUUGGAAAAAGCCCCGGAGAUACUCUCUUAUAUAAGAAGAUCCCUCUUUUUGGGAAUCUAUCCCCUUCUUCUAUUUUCGUGUAAUAACAAAAUCAAAAUUUUUUUUUCUCCGUUACUCUCCCACGCUCUCUUCUUAUAUGGAUUAUAAGCUACAGAUCAUCGUUCGAACAAAAGGCCAAACACAGUUUUUAGUAUAGUAUUUCCUGUCUCUACUUCUAGAUUUUCACAAAAAAGAAACAGGAGUGUCGUUUGUUCGUUUGUUCUAUAACUCCAUUAUUCGAUGGUUAUGGAAGCGCGGCAAAAGCCACUGAGUCGACUGAACGCGUUCGUCGCGAACAGCCGAGUCGGGAAGCGAUUCAAACUCGCCGAGCGGAACUCCACCUUCACGACGGAGCUCCGUGCAGGAACGGCGACUUUUCUGACGAUGGCGUACAUCCUGGCCGUGAACGCCUCGAUUUUGGCCGACUCCGGCGGCCCCUGCGGCGUCUCCGACUGCGUCCCUCUCUGCUCCAACUCAUCCGUCUCCAUCGCCUCCUGCAACGGCCCGAAUCUCCGGGUCAUCCAACCCAAUGAGUCCUGCAAGUUCGAUCCGGUCAACCCGGGCUACGCCGCCUGUCUGGAUAAAGUCCGGAAGGACCUGAUCGUCGCCACCGUGGUGUCCUCCCUCAUCGGCUGCGUGAUAAUGGGAAUCUUCGCGAACCUUCCACUCGCCCUCGCCCCCGGGAUGGGGACCAACGCCUACUUCGCCUACACCGUGGUAGGAUACCACGGAUCCGGCAACGUCUCCUACGAGAGCGCCCUAACCGCCGUCUUCAUGGAAGGACUAAUUUUCCUCCUCAUCUCCGCCGUCGGAUUCCGCGCCAAGCUCGCCAAGCUCGUCCCUAAGCCCGUCCGGAUCAGCUCCUCCGCCGGCAUCGGCCUUUUCCUCGCCUUCAUCGGACUCCAAAACAACCAAGGAAUCGGACUCGUCGGCUACAGCUCCUCCACCCUCGUCACGCUCGGCGCGUGCCCGGCCUCCUCCCGCGCGUCGUUGGCUCCGGUGGUGACUUCAGCAAACGGAACGGUCACGCUCCUCGAGGGAGGCACUGUGUCGGGAGGAAUCCUCUGCCUCCACAACCGAAUGGAGAGCCCCACAUUCUGGCUCGCCAUCGUCGGUUUCGUGAUAAUCGCUUACUGCUUGGUCAAAAACAUCAAAGGAGCGAUGAUCUACGGGAUCGUGUUCGUCACGGCGGUGUCGUGGUUCCGUAACACGAGCGUAACGGCGUUCCCCGACACUCCCUCGGGAGACGCGUCGUUCCAUUACUUCAAGAAAAUCGUUGACGUGCACACGAUCGAGAAAACGGCGGGGGCGUUAAGCUUUAAAAGCAUAGGGAAAGGGUAUUUUUGGGAAGCUCUGGUGACGUUUCUGUACGUCGAUAUACUCGACACCACCGGAACAUUGUACUCCAUGGCGCGUUUCGCCGGAUUCGCCGACGAGAACGGCGAUUUCGAGGGGCAGUACUUCGCCUUCAUGUCGGACGCCACGUCGAUAGUGGUGGGGUCGCUUUUGGGCACGUCACCCGUGACGGCGUUUGUCGAGUCGUCGACGGGGAUAAGAGAAGGAGGGAGGACGGGGCUGACGGCGUUAACGGCCGCGGGCUACUUCUUCUUGGCGUUCUUCUUCACUCCGUUGCUGGCGUCGAUUCCCGCGUGGGCGGUUGGCCCGCCGUUGAUAUUGGUCGGGGUGCUGAUGAUGAGAUCGGUGGUGGAGAUUGAUUGGAAUGACAUGAGGCAGGCGAUCCCAGCGUUCAUUACGUUGAUUUUGACUCCGUUGACUUACUCUAUAGCGUACGGGUUGAUUGGUGGAAUUGGGACGUUCGUGGUGUUGCACGUAUGGGAUUGGAGUGAGGAGCUUUUGGUGAGAUUUGGGGUCGUCAAAAAAAGAUCAGUGGACGGUAAUGGUGUUGGUGAGGCAAAUGGGUCAUCACAACAUCAUCAUCAUUCUACUGAAGAUGUUAAACCACCUGAAGUUUAGGGGCAAGUCUAGAUUAUUUUGAGAUUUUUUUUUUGAAUUUAUUAGUAUAAAAAUUUGCCCAUUUUUAGGGAGAUUAUUAUAAAUCUUGGAAUUUUUUUAUGUAGGCAAUUGGGUGAGGAAAAUGGAUUUCAUAAAGAGCUGUAAAUACACAAAAUAUUUCACUUCAAUGAUGCUCUAAUCAGUGUGGAAAAGCUUUUGUAAGUUAUGAUUUGGUCAUAUAUUGGUGGCCGUGUAUUGGUCAAUCACUUGGUCUAAAUUCUGCUUGUCUGGCGAGUAUUACACAUAGACUAGCUAGCUUGACAACAAAUAGAGAUCUAUCCAAAUGACGGAGCAGAAAUGGGAUUUUUAACUGAAUGGCUUUGGGAUAUUGAUAGGGAUGUAACAAAACAUGUCAUGAGAUUUGUCAUUAUUUCACAAUAUCCCAUAUAUUUGUCAUGAUGAAACCUUAGAAUUAUUUGAGAAUUGGGAUAACAACACAUACGCUUCCUUAACAAAAGCCUAAAGAGAUAGACUCGUGAUUGGUCCUGUUGUCAAU